AUGAACACAUUACAGGAAAAAUACUUAUCUGCUCAUUUUCGACAAGUGUACGUGGGAGCCACCAAGCAAACACCAAGUUGUUUAUCGUUGGGCGGGCGGGCGCCCGCCGCCAUGACGCAAGCGCCUUCUGGUUCUCUUCUUCUCUUACCAUCAUCAUCUCCGCCAGCAAUGACAGCGACGACGAACAACGUUGAUGCGAUACAGGAGGACCGUCUCGUCGAGCUGACGGAGAUGGAGCGAAACAACUCAGAGAUGACCGACGAUUCGCCGUUUACCUCGGCUUUGACGACACCUGUGGAUCAAGAUGUGCCCAUCAAUGUCUUUCAGGGGAUACACGAGGCCCUUGCGAGAGAUAUGGACGGCUCAGCGGUAGACUCGUACUUUGAUUCGAAGGCUGUAGGCAAAGGCGCGGAUAUCGCGCAGGUAUCGCAGCAGUUAGAGGAAGGAAGGGUGGUUGAGGUUGAGGUUAGCUUUAUGCUUCUUUCAACCGCGGAACCGUUUUACAGCCAUCCAUUAGAUAGCCCCAGACGCAGCGUUGGAACUGGUGGCGACGUUGGUCCCGGAAGCAAUUUUGGCCCCGUAGGCAACGUUAGCGCCAGAAACAACGUUAUCCUCAGAGACGUCGUCGUCAUUGGUGGUAGAAGACACGACAACCGACAGGCCUUCUCUUUCCCCGUUAUACCAAGAACCGAGUCCUAUGAUUUGGAGGCAGCUUCUCUGACUUUGUCUCACAAGGAGGACCGCGUGGAACCCCCCGCAUUACGUUUAGAAGGCAGCCCCACUGUCCCGCAGCCGAGCGAUUCUGGUGAUCUUUUACCCCGUGCCUUCUCUUCCGGAUACAUCAGCCAGGAUGAUACCAGCUCACCAUACUUCUCUUCUCCCGACAUCGAUACCCAACCGGCGCUCACUGUCGAUGACGCAUACCCCACAGGCUUAGAGCCUAACAUUGAUCCCAAAGUAACCCCUUCCUCCGUUCUGACCGAUGACCACGAGCCUAGAUACCCCGAUUUCGUCUUCCACGCCGUCGCCAUGUCUGCCAUCCAUGUAAUUUUCUUCCUACCCUGGUGCGUAGCAGCCGGAGCCAUGCUCCUCCUCUUUCCCCACCGUCUAGAGCUCGUCAUCUUCGAAACUGGCUAUCUCGAGCCAUCCAAAAGCAAUUAUCGCUUCGCCCACUUUGCCGAGUGCGGAAUGCAAUACUCGAUGACUUUCCUGGCGUCUCUUCUGUUGUUCAUCUGCGAAUAUCCGAAUUUGGGAACGGUCAUUACAGGCGGUCUUUUGGCGCUAUUCUUUCAUGCUUGGCAGGACUUUGAAGUGGAUCGGGACGUACCUCUUGGUCAUGAUGACCCGCAGAUGAUUUAUAUUCUGGCGACUAGCUCUUGGCUUACUGGAGAUACUGUCGGCAUUCAAAAGGUCGAGGAUCAGUACUAUCUUUCUUCUGCGACGCUGAAGAAUCGGAAAUUUGAUGUGUUUGUUGAGAAGGAUUCGGACGAGGAGUGA